GAGCUCCUUCUCUCUUCUUCCCCUUUUCGUUGCUCUGAGAGCGCUGCGGGGGUUCCACUGCCUCCUGUACCGUUUGGAACCCGCGGUUGCCAUACUAACCCCAGCGGGGGUAGGGGGUGUCUGAUGCCAUCGUCUUGGCGACGGAAGGGGUGCUUCUCCCUUCCCGGGCCACUUGGUCCCUCAAGGCGCUGGUGGCCGUGAUUCCUGGAGAGAAGAGGGAAUGCUGGUUGAAUCCGACGAGCGGGGGCUUGGAUGGCAGCCUGGUUUAAGCAAGGGGUAGGGAGAGGCAAAAGACAGGAGUAGGAGCCACCAUGUUGGUGAUACCCCCCGGACUGAGCGAGGAGGAGGAGGCUCUGCAGAAGAAAUUCAACAAACUCAAGAAAAAGAAAAAGGCAUUGUUGGCUCUGAAGAAGCAAAGUAGUAGCAGCACAGCCAGCCAAGGCGGUGUGAAACGCUCACUGUCAGAGCAGCCUGUGGUGGACACAGCCACGGCAACAGAGCAGGCAAAGCAGCUGGUGAAGUCAGGAGCCAUCAGUGCCAUCAAGGCCGAGACCAAGAACUCGGGCUUCAAACGUUCUCGAACCCUAGAGGGGAAGUUAAAGGACCCUGAGAAGGGGCCAGUCCCCACUUUCCAGCCGUUCCAGAGAAGCAUAUCUGCUGACGACGAUCUGCAGGAGUCAUCCAGACGGCCCCAGAGGAAAUCUCUGUAUGAGAGUUUUGUGUCUUCCAGUGAUCGGCUUCGGGAACUAGGGCCAGAUGGGGAAGAGGCAGAGGGCCCAGGGGCUGGUGACGGUCCUCCUCGAAGCUUUGACUGGGGCUAUGAAGAACGUGGUGGUGCCCGCUCCUCAGCCUCCCCUCCCCGAAGCCGCAGCCGGGACCACAGUCGUGAGCGGAACCGAGACAGAGACCGAGAUCGGGAACGGGAUCGAGACCGAGACAGAGACCGAGAUCGGGAACGGGAUCGAGACCGAGAUCGGGAACGGGACCGCGAUCGGGACAGGGACCGCGAUCGGGACAGGGACCGUGAUCGAGAACGAGAGGGCCCUUUCCGCAGGUCGGACUCGUUCCCUGAACGCAGGGCCCCUCGGAAGGGGAAUACUCUCUAUGUGUAUGGAGAGGACAUGACACCCACCCUCCUCCGUGGGGCCUUCUCUCCCUUUGGAAACAUCAUUGACCUCUCCAUGGACCCACCCAGAAACUGUGCCUUCGUCACCUAUGAAAAGAUGGAAUCAGCAGAUCAGGCCGUUGCUGAGCUCAACGGGACCCAGGUGGAGUCCGUACAGCUCAAAGUCAGCAUUGCCCGCAAACAGCCCAUGCUGGACGCUGCCACUGGCAAGUCUGUCUGGGGCUCCCUUGCUGUCCAGAACAGCCCUAAGGGUUGCCACCGGGACAAGAGGACUCAGAUUGUCUACAGUGAUGAUGUCUACAAGGAGAACCUUGUGGAUGGCUUCUAGGGAAUGGAGCUGGAUUCCGUGUGCCUCAUCUGCGCCAACACUGGUCUCAGUAAAACACUGAGGUGGAAGCUCACACAUCUCCCUCAGCCUCUGGUUUUUCAGCACUUGGGAUUGGGGUUGAGCCUUUAAAAACGGCUGUUAGAUUUUAUCUCAGUUGUAACACAUGGCCAGUGCACGUUCCCCUCCCCCUUACCCCAAAAGGAUCUUGAACACA